GGGAAGUGGUUCCGGGGUCGGUAGAAGAUGGCGUUGGGCGAGCGGAAUUUCUAUCUGUCCAAGUUUUUGAGACUUUUUUACUCCUUCCUCCUUCCUGGGCUAAUUAUAAGCAUACUUUUAUGUAUUUGUUUGAUCAUUGUCCUUUGGAGAAUCAGAAUGGAACUACGGAAAAAGAAAAAAUCCAUGUCAGCCUACAGAAGUAAAAAAAAUCAGAUGGUGAUUGCAUUUUUUCAUCCAUACUGCAAUGCUGGCGGUGGAGGGGAGAGAGUUUUGUGGUGUGCCCUAAGAGCUCUGCAGAAAAAGUAUCAUGAAGCAACUUAUGUUGUUUAUACUGGUGAUGAGAAUGUCACCGGUGAACAAAUCCUAGAUGAUGCUUUCAGAAGAUUCAACAUCAAACUAGUCCAUCCAGUGAAGUUUGUGUUUUUAAGAAAACGUUACCUUGUGGAAGCAUCACUCUAUCCUCACUUUACUUUGCUGGGCCAGAGCCUUGGGUCCUUUUUUCUUGGCUGGGAAGCUCUUGUGAAGUGCGUGCCUGAUGUUUACAUUGACUCCAUGGGUUAUGCUUUUACACUGCCACUGUUUAAGUAUUUAGGAGACUGCAAAGUUGGCUGUUAUGUCCACUACCCUACCAUCAGUACUGAUAUGCUCUCUGUUGUGAGAAAUCAAAGUGCUGGAUUUAACAAUGCCACCUUUAUUACAAAAAAUGUUUUUCUCAGCAAAGUGAAGCUCAUCUACUAUUAUUUAUUUGCUAUGAUUUAUGGAUUGGUUGGAUCUUGCAGUGAUGUAGUCAUGGUCAAUUCUUCAUGGACGCUAAACCAUAUUCUAUCCCUCUGGAAGGUCCAAAGUUGUUGUAGCGUUGUUUAUCCACCAUGUGAUGUGAAGACGUUUCUGGACAUUCCAUUACAUGAAAAGCAGACAACCUCUGAAACUAUACUGGUCUCUCUUGGCCAGUUCAGGCCUGAAAAGAACCAUGCUUUGCAGAUCAGAGCCUUUGCAAAGUUGCUGGAAGAGAUGGCUGGAAAGGAUCCUUCACUUAAACUUGUCCUAAUUGGAGGUUGUCGUAACAGAGAUGAUGAAGAUCGGGUAAAUCAACUUAAAAAGCUUUGUGAAGACCUGGGAGUUCAGGAAAAUGUGGAAUUUCAAAUCAAUAUUCCAUUUGAAGAAUUAAAGUAUUAUUUGUCGAAGGCAACAAUUGGCCUUCACACUAUGUGGAACGAGCAUUUUGGAAUUGGGAUUGUGGAAUGUAUGGCUGCUGGGACAAUUAUUCUGGCUCACAAUUCAGGAGGCCCAAAGCUUGACAUUGUUGUGCCUUAUGAAGGUAACAUAACUGGAUUCCUGGCAGAAAGUGAAGAAGACUAUGCAGAAACUAUGGCUCAUAUCCUUUGUUUGUCUACUGAAGAGAGGCUUCAAAUAAGGAAGAAUGCUCGUCAGUCUGUACUUCAAACAAUGUCCUCAGGUAUAUUUACUGAUAUGGAUAUUUAUUUGAGUUUAUGAAGAAGAGAAAAUUUAUCUAAAUUAAAGUAUGUAUCCUUUUUGUUUUAAACGAACUGUCUUAUGAGAGAAAAUCUAAAUUUUUUUGGCUUAGCUUCUAGCCAGAAAUUUUACAUUUUCCUUUGAAAAUUUUGUUUCAAAAAUGUACUAAGAAGAAAUAUUUCAUUAGCUAAAAUUUGUCUGCAAUUUUAGUGUAACAAACGUUUAACAUUUUCUAAUUCACUGCCAUUCAGCACACACAUAUACACAGUAGAUUUAAAGAGAGUGAGUUUGCCUAAUUCUUGUUUUUGUUUUGGUUUUUUUGGUGAGGCAAUUGGGGUUAAGUGACUUGCCCAGGGUCACACAGCUAGUAAGUGUUAAGUGUCUGAGGCUGGAUUUGAACUCAGGUCCUCCUGAAUCCAGGGCCAGUGCUCUAUCCACUGCACCACCUAGGAGUUUACCUAAUUCUUGGUCAGUGAUGUAUAUAAUUAUAGAAUUUGAGUUGAAAGAAAGCUUAGCAACCACCUAGUCCUACCCUUAGGUAAAAAAGAAUACAACAGAGGUGUAAAAUGUAAGUAAAAAUGGAUCCUUAGGGCUGUAGAUUAAAAAUUAAAACUUUAAAACCCACAAAUUAACAUCAUCUACCUCAUACUGCAUAUUUCCCAAUUACAUUUAAAUCUGGGUCUUGGCACUGGCAGAGGAGUUUUGACACCUCACCUGUACCACACACUAGAAUAAUCAUCCAGGAUCUGCUUAAAGACCUUCAGUGAGAAGAAUUGACUACCUCCCAGCCCAGUCCAUUCCACUUUUGGAGAGCUCUAAUUGGAAUAGAGAUUUUCUGGAGAUCAAGCUAAAAUUGCCUCUUUGUAGCUUCCAGCCAUUCCUCCUGCUUCUCUCUUCCCUCUCCCACAAGAUAGCCUGUAAUGUCCUUAAAGAUGGCUCUCAUUUUCCUUGGGUUUUCUCUUCUCCAGAUAAAACAUCUCUGGUGUCUUCAGUUCGUUAUAUAAGAUGUACUUGAGACCUUGCUUCGUCUUGGCUGCUUUCCUCUAGAUCAGGACUGCUUCAGCUUUUUUGUGUCCUGGACCCCUUUGGCAGUCUGGUGAAGCUUAUGGACUCCUCAGAAUCAUGUUUUCAAAUGCAUAAAAUGCACUAUAAAGAAUUAUGAAGGAAACUGAUUACAUUGAAAUACAGUCAUCAAAAUUUUCUUUUAAAAAACAAAUUUGGGGCAGGUAGGUGGCACAGUAGAUAAAGC